GAACAACUGUGUCACUUAGCCGUUUUCUUCAGACUUCGUCUAUUGACUUGAAAAGGGCAACCGACGCAAUGAAAGACACUAUUUUUCUUCUGAAGCAAAAGAGAACAAAUAGUGAUGUUGUUUUCCAGCAAUUAUUUUCAGAGUCAAAAGAGAUUUUCGAGCAGUUAGAUGUGGAGAUAAGAUUACCAAGAAUUGUUCCUAGACAGAAGCACCGAGAAAAUAAUCAGCCAGGUCAAACUGCAGAAGAAUAUUUCCGCAAAAGUAUAUAUAUUCCUCUCUUGGAUUCAAUAAUAGCAGAUUUAGAAGAACGACUUUCUCCAGAAGUGCUUUCAUUGUUUAAUUUGGGUGUAUUUUUACCAAAAACUGUUUACUCAGAAGUUGAUUUGGUAGCCGUACGGGAAGCAGUUAAAAACUACACUGAACUUCUACACAGGCCUCAUAUAUCUACGGUAUUGUCAGAAUUUCAGCUUUGGGUUACAAAAUGGAAACGUGAAGUAGAAAGUGGAAAUAAAGUACCGGAAUUCUUACCUCAGGUAAUAGAACAGUGUGACACAGAUUUAUACCCAAAUAUAAAUGUUCUAYUGCAAAUACUCGCAACACUUCCUGUAMGUGCARCUACAGCGGAGCGAUCGUUCUCCACUCUCAGGCGCCUUAAGACGUGGCUUCGUUCAAACAUGGGAGAGGAACGCCUCACUGGUCUCGCUUUACUCAAUAUUCACAAGAAUAUAGCAGUAAAUGUUGAUGACAUUAUAACCAGAUUUGGAAAAACAAAACAAAGRAGACUAAACUUUGUCAUUUAA